CAAGAAAAGAGAUUAAAAAUGAAAACUCUGUUUUAAUAAUAAUGUAAAGGAACUUAAAUAUUCAUUUGUAGUGUCAAAUUUGUGAGAUACAGAUUAACCAUUUUAAUCAUUUUAAAAAUCACAGGGGCGAACAACGAAAAUGGCAACCGUCCAGGCUCCGUUUAUCUACAGCAAAACGAUAUAUAAUCCGACGACACCAUUUGAACACAAAUUUGGUUGCCUUUAUCCAGGCAAAGUAUUUUCUAUCAGUGGUAUUCCAUUUGAAGAUGCAAAGAGAUUUACUGUGGAUGUAAGAAAUGAAAAAGACAUUGCAUUCCACUUUGACGUACGCAUUCAUGGUGACAACACAGAUAAGAUAGUUAGAAAUACUAAAAAAAACAAAACUAGCGGUUGGGGUGUCGAGGAGAGGUAUUUGAAUGGACCAUGUCCUUUCAUACGAGACAAGUUUUUUGAAAUGGUUAUCCUGGUGGACAAUUCCUGUUACAAGGUUAUGGUCAAUGGCGAGUCUGUCGUCGAGUACAAGCAUCGGAUUGCAAUAGAUGAGGUUAAUCGUAUUGAGGUCAAAGGAGAUGUACGUGUCACUAAAGUCGGAAUUCAAGAAUGAAAGAACAAUGAGACUAUUUACUCUUACUAAUGAAAUUUCAUUGCAUUUUCUUAAAUUUAAUCAGACUUUCUUUCAAUUUGUGUAUCAUGACUUUUCAAAGUGUAACGUAUUAUGGAUGUCAUUCUCAAUCUAAAUAUAAUAAAGACUUUUCGAAAACAAUAAGUUUCCUUUGAUUUAAAUUGCCACAUUAUAUAAGUAAAUAAGUAAUAACUACAAAUUUAAUCAGGGCAGUGUUUUUAUUAUCGGAAUGUGAUAUUUAGUAAAAGAUUGCUUACCAUUUGUUGUUGUUUGAAACCUUUUCCGUACAUGUAUAUGAUCUAAGGUAUAUAUCAUUGCAUAUAUGAACGCAAUAUUAAUUACUCAAUCAAUCUGAUAGUUUGAAAGUCAUUUUUAAAUAGGAACAAAAUCAACAAAGGAACAAGAUGGUUUAUUAGGUAAAGACUAAAAUUUGAAA